AUGAAGCAGCUUCACAAGCACUACCGCCGCUACUGUAGGUCCAAGGGAAUGGUGGCUCGUGAGGACUUAGAGGUGCGCUUCGAGGAGCUGCGUCGCGCGGACCGUGGCCUGGACUUCCGUUCUGAGGCUUCGGCGCCGAACGCACACUUCUCCAGGCUGGAGAUGACAUGA